AUGGAAUCGCAUGUAUCAGCAGUCGCUGGCAAACCAGACCCUCAGAAGGGACCAUAUCAAGCUACUCCUUGGAAUAUACAGCUCUCUGCAACGGACACACCAGGUUUCACUCAUGUUGAAAACCUGGAGCAGAAAAGCGCAGACCGGGCCUCGGAUCUAGUUAUGAGCAAUUACUCGAAGUUUCACACCUUUCAUGACGAAAUUGUGGGAUUCCACAACCACAUUAGCCACCAUGUUUUGACGCUGUGGGCCCUGGGAGCUACUCCCGACGAGAUGCAAGCUGCGUAUGACUUUAACAAGCCCUUUCAGCUUCUGACCUACUAUAACGAUCCCUCCGUCACCAUUAAAUUGCGUGAUCCCGAGUUCUUUCGGCAAGGGCUAGGCAAUUUCGAGCUAUAUGGAGACUAUGUGCGCUUCUUCCAGGCUGAGGUGGCGGCGAAGGGUAUCCCCACGGUCUUGAAUGACUAUCUUUUCAAGGGAGACACGUUGGCGGAGGAUCUGCUAGCCCGACUGUGUGCAGGCUUUCUCCACCCAUUGAUCGAUCUCGGAUUUGCCUUGGAGUUUCAACAGCCAUUUUUAGUGGCGGAAUGUCUGGCUUCAACGUGUCUGCACCCAUCAUAUCCUGCGGAGUUCCUCAACGCGACUGAGCAGCAUUUGGAAUGCAACGGACGACCGCAAAGUCUCCCAAUCCUCUCCAUUGUGGACGAGAUGCGUCUAGACCCGGUGGUCUCUAAAGCGGUCGGGCCAGAAGAUGGCAACAAUCGAAUGGCGGAUGCACUGCUGAAACGAGCCCUGAAGGAGCUAAUCCCUCACUUGUCCCACUUUCAGGUAAAACGAACGGAGGAGGAUCUCGCGCGCAAGACGGCGGAGAUGCUGCAAGCCUCGGCUUAUAUCUGUGGUGCGGCCCAGCAUCCACGCAAAGUAGAAGCUCUCGACUUUGUUACGCUGCAUACACUGACGGCCGCCGUAUUCUUCCCCACCAUUAAUAGACAGGAAUGGAUGAGUAUAGAGACACGAGCUCGGUUAUUGGAGUGGAAAGUACGCUCCGACCUGGUCACCUAUGCGGCCCUGGGAUGCCCAAAGUUGUACCCAGAUAGAAUCACCAGGUACCAACCCAAGCAAGUGGCAACUGGGUGGCCUGACGUGGUGCGGCGCGCACGAGUUUACCAGGACGACGGACAUACAUGCAAGGUCAUCCGGGCACUGAUGUGCGCCGAAGAUGUGUGCCAACCUUUCGAGGGAGAGGAAGGUUUCCCGCUGAAGAAGGCAGACUUUCUAACGCUGGCACACAUGACAAUGGAUUCGGUCGAGCGCAUGUUGGAUCCAAAUUGGGUGCGGCAAACCGAAAAGGUCAAGCAGAUGUCGGCUCAAGGCCGCGGACAGCACUCACAGGUCUCUGCGAUCAUGUUACGGUGGGCACUACUGAACGUCCUCCUGCAAUCGCCCGACAACCAGAUCCACGCCUACUGUCGGUCUGCUUCAAAGUUGAACCGAUUGCAUCCUGAGAUCACUCAACACCGUCAGGUGAAAGUGUGGGAAGGGUCGCUGAAGGAUGUCUCGCUACUAUCUGAAUGCAUCCGAGGCACGCGAGCCGUCUUCAUGGUAGUGGCAAUUCCCGACAAUAUGCCACACUGUACCAUCGCCCAGGACUGCACCAAAGCCGUGCUUAACGCUCUCAGAAAGCUCCAAGCAGAAGGGUGUCAGGCUCUACCCCAGUUAAUUGUGCUAUCUUCUGCUAGCCUCGAAGACUCUUUGUGCACCGACGUUCCACCCCUCAUUCACCGAGUCCUCAACAUAGCCGCUGGUAAUCUCUACAGUGAUCUUGAAAAGGCCGAGAAGGUCCUACGUGCUGAGAAGCAUUGGGUUUCCACAACUUUCGUCAAACCUGGGGGACUCGUGCACGAUGUGCAACGCGGUCACACUCUCAGCACAAAAACCGCGAAGACGCCGGUUUCCUUCCUUGAUGUGGCAGCAGGGAUGGUGGAGAUUGCUAACGCGGACGAUAAGAGAUAUGACAUGAUGAAUGUGAGCGUCAAUGCAAUCGGAGAUGGGACGGCGUUUCCGUGGAAAGGGGUAUACUAUGUGAUGACUGGGCUGCUAUUCCAUUUCUUCCCUUGGACCUACAAGUAUUUCGGGGAUUGCCCCAUGGCCCAGCCCAGGCCGAAGAAAGAUCUCUAAUAGAAUAUUUAUGUGAAAUAUCUAAGGCUUUUAGACCUCGUGCAAUGUAAACGGAUCAUCGCCAAUUGCCAUGGACCUCUAAUCUAUACACAUAAGGCUAUUACGCGAAACGAACAAAUGCCCAGCCAAGCAGGACCACUGGAAUCCAUUUAACCGCCAUUGCAGACCAGGACUUCGAUCCCUUGCUGCUAUGCAGCGCAGUGGGCGAUUCAUGACCCUUGAGUUGUUCCUGUAAUGUCCGCGGAUUGCCGCCCACCUCUU